AUGUAUCAACCAGAUAUCAACACAUAUUUAGAAGCCAUUAAACAACAGUAUGAUGUACUGUUACAAGAGAAUAAAAAACUAAAAAUAGAAAAUAAGAAACUUAUAGAGUGUAACAUAGAAUACAAAAGGAAAGUUAACUAUUACAAGAACAUAUAUAAAACCACCAAUUUACUUAAGAUUGGAUCUGAUUGGUCACUUGAAGGACAUAAAUAUUUUAGUCUUUCACAGACAAAAAAGUUCUAUUUUAAAGAUCUUUAUUUUUCAUCAAUAAGUGCUAGUGGUAUUAUUGUAUUCUUAUCUCAGAAUAUAAUACAUAUACUUAUUAAUAAUAAAUUGUUUAUGUUAGUAAAUGAUAGAUUUAUAGAAUAUGAUGAUAAUAUAAAAAAGUAUAAAUAUUCAUAUGACAGUCCAUAUGUAAGAUAUUUUUUAGAUGAUGAAGAUUUUUUAUACAUUUUUAGUAAUAAUUUUUUAAAAAAAUAUGAUCUUAAUACAUUUAUAUUAUUAAGUACACUUAAUAUGCCUAAUCAUAUUGGCAUAAAAGUGAAGAAUAAAUUGAUAUAUUUGACAUGUUAUGAUAAAUCUUUUAGGGUGUAUGAUAAUGAUAAAUUAGUAUUAUUAUUACAUUCAUCAGAAGAAAUAAGAUCUAAUCUGCUACUUAUAAAUAAUAUCGGGUAUUCUAUUACAGUAAGAAAUAAUUUAGUAAUUUUUGAUAUACAAAAUAAAACAGUAAAGACAGUCAAUUUAAAUAUAAAUGGGGAUAUAAAACGUAUUUAUAAUAUUGAUAAUUUAAUUUUAUUAAAAGGUAUAACACUGUAUUCUUAUGAUGAUGUAUCUCAGGAGGUAAAAGAAAUAGAGAUAGAUGAGGAAGUCAAAUUCAUGAAUGUUAUAGAUAAAUAUAUAUUAAUUGGAAAUAAUAAUGCUCUUGUAAUAUAUGAUCAUAAUAGUAUGAAGAAGAUGUAUUUAAAGAUUAGAGAUGCGGAGAUACUAAAUGUUAGUAGUUGCAAGAGUAAUAUACUAGUAGAAGGACAAAAUAUGAUUAGAGUUUAUCAAUUUUAUUAA